GAAUCAGUCAACGGAUCAGUGGUAUACAGAAAUUUUGAAACUACAACUAGAACUGAAUUGGAAAUACUUAUAAUCUUUCGCAGCGCUACUUCGGAUUCUACUAAAUGUGUCGUCCUGCUAUUUUUCCAGAAGACGCAUAAGCGCAAAAUUCGAAGGUGUUAAUUUUCAGACAAUCGACUUUGUUCGGAAGACAGAAACGACAGAAAAAAGAUGAAUCGAAAUGCUCACCGUGACCGGCCAGCAGCCCGGGAGCGUAGCCGUAGCGUGCAGAAGCGACGGCCGUCUGCGGGUGGUCCGCAACAGGACAUGUUUAAGAACGGCGACCGCACACUGCGCAUCCGCAAUCUGUCCCGCAACGUGGAGGAGCCGCACUUGCGCGAAAUUUUCAAAGCCUACGGAACCGUAAAAAGGGCACUGAUCGGGCGCGACCAGAAAUGCAACGUCAAUCUCGGGUACGGUCUCGUCGAGAUGUAUGGAAGCGUCAGGUUUGAAAUCGACAAAGUUGAAAUGAUUUAUCAUGCAUAAAAUGGAUGCCAGUUGCAACCCAGGUUGCAAGUGGCGCAUGACAAAUUUGGUUGGAGCCGAAAUCCAGUUUGUCAUGCUGCUUCGGCACAGAAGAUAGCUUUUGUCAUGCUACUUUAGCAGCUCUGUCCCAAACCCUAAACAGGCUCACAAUCGGCCUCACUUGCCAUCCCUGCAACACAGGCACUUCAUGCUUUGCAUUUUAUGCAUGACAAACCAUUUCAACUUUGACGAUUUCAAUCCUGACACAUCCAUAAGAUGGCAACCUUCAAGGAGGCGGAGCAGGCGGCGGAUUGUUUUCACGGCGGCUGGAUCGAUGGUAAGGAGGUGGCCGUCACCAUUGCAGAUCCGGACGCCGGGCGUGCCGGGACCGACAGCGACAAAAAUCAGGUAGCGUCGAAAAAGGACGUCACCAACAAGCCAGGGCGCGCCGCAGGGGCCUCGACAAGAGGUGGGGGCACGACUUCUACGGCGAAAAAUACUAAAGCCGCCGCCAAGCAAGCAGCAGCCCGGGGCAAGAAGGUGCAGCGGAAGCAAGUCGUGGAGUCUUCCUCAAGUAGCGAGUCAGACAGCGGCAACAGUUCCUCGUCCAGCGGAGAAGCAAAUUCCUCCUCCUCAGAAGAGGAGGAGGAAAACUCAUCGUCCUCGGAGUCAGAAGAGUCAGUGCGACCCAGAAAGAAAAGGGCUUGAUGAAGACAUGUCGAUGGUGUAGACGUAGCCUCUGCAUUUGUCUUCCAUGUGAUUUUUUUAGCAGAUCGGAUUACUACAAUCGCCACUGGGUUUAUCGUGGGGGUGCAACUGCUUUCUCCAUCUCCGGUAGCGUAAGUCGUGCCGGACUAAAGUAGUCGUGUCAUUCAAAGGUCGUGAAAACAAGGACAGGAGAUGAUAUUCGAGGGGAGCCUCACUCUUUGUGGAGGCAAGAGCGCCUUCUUCAAUAGGGUGAACUUUACAAAAGCGACAAACCAUCAAUGAAACACCGCACAAGCAUAAGAGUUAUCUUGAAAGGUGAACUGGAAAACUUCGCUUUUCG